UGCAGUCUCUCCCUCCUGGUGUUGCCUGCUUAGGCAGACAGAUUAGGGGAUGAGGAAGCUGCUGCUGCUCUAGGAGCCCCUCCAGGAUAUGCUGUCAUUCUCGGAUGUGGCUAUAUAUUUCUCUGCAGAGGAAUAUGAAUGCCUAGGUCCUGUUCAGUGGAAACUGUACAGGGAUAUGAUGUUGGAGAAUUACAACAACCUUGUGUCUCUGGGUCUUGCUUCCUCUAAGCCAUACCUGGUCACAUUUCUGGAACAAAUACAAGAGCCUUCAGAUGUGAAGAAACAAGAGGCCAGCACUGUGCACCCAGGGGGAAAAUGCUAUGCAUGCAAAGAAUGUGGCAAAGCCUUUGAGCGCAAAAAGAUAUAUCAGAAUCACCAGAGAAUUCAUUUAAGAAUGAAGUUCUACAAGUAUGAAGAAUGUGGCAAGUCCUUUUGUUUUCCAUCAUUACUUUCUGAACACAAAAGAAAUCAUACAAGAAAAAAACUCUACAAUUCUGAAGAUUGUGUCAAGGCUUUCCAUUGUCCAUCAUUACUUUCUCAAAACAAGAUAGUUCAUACAGGAGAAAAAUCUUACAAAUGUGAAGACUGUGGCAAGGCCUUCUAUUAUCCAUCAAGACUUUCUGACCAUAAGAAAAUUCAUACAGGAGAGAAACCACACAAGUGUGAAGUAUGUGGCAAGGCCUUUGAUUAUCCAUCAAGACUUUCCAACCAUAAGAGAAUUCAUACAGGAGAAAAACCCUACACAUGUGAAGUAUGUGGCAAGGCCUUUGAUUAUCCAUCAAGACUUUCCAACCAUAAGAGAAUUCAUACAGGAGAAAAACCCUACAAAUGUGAAGUAUGUGGCAAAGCCUACCAUGAUUCAUCAAAACUUUCUCAACACAAAAUAAUUCAUACAAGAGAAAAACCCCACAAAUGUGAAGUUUGUGGUAAGGCCUUCCAUUAUCCAUCUAUACUUUCUAAACAUAAGAUAAUUCAUACAGAUGAGAAUCUCUGCAAGUGUGAUAUAUGUGGCAAGGCCUUCCAUUAUCCAUUAUUACUUUCUCAACACAAAAUAGUUCAUACAGGAGAAAAACCCUACAAAUGUGAAGACUGUGGUAAGGACUUUCAUUAUCCAUCAAAACUUUCCAGACAUAAGAAAAUACAUACAGGAGAAAAACCAUACAAGUGUGAAGUAUGUGGCAAGGACUUCUAUUAUCCAUCAAGACUUUCUAAACACAAGGUAAUUCAUACAGAAGAAAACCCCUACAAGUGUGAAGUAUGUGGCAAGGCCUUCGAUUAUCCAUCAAGGCUUUCAAACCAUAAGAAAAUUCAUACAGAAGAGAAACCAUACAAGUGUGAAGUAUGUGGAAAUGCCUUUUGUUUUUCAUCAUCACUUCGUAAACACAAGAUAAUUCACACAGGAGAGAAACCCUACAAGUGUGAAGUAUGUGGCAAGGCCUUUGGUUCUCCAUCAACACUUUCCAAACAUAAGAAAAUUCAUACAGGAGAGAAACCAUACAAGUGUGAAGUAUGUGGAAAGGCCUUCCACUUUCCAUUCUUACUUUUGAUACACAAGAGAAUUCAUACAGGAGAAAAACCCUACAAGUGUGAUCUAUGUGACAAGGCCUUCCAUUGUCCAUCAAUACUUUCUGUACACAAGAGAAUUCAUACUGGAGAAAAACCGUACACAUGUGAAGUAUGUGGCCAGGCCUUCAAUAUUCCAUCAAAACUUUCUCAUUACAAGAGAAUUCAUACAAGAGAAAAACCCUACAAAUGUGAAGUUUGUGGCAAGGCCUUCCAUUAUCCUUCAAGACUUUCUAAACAUGAGAAAAUUCAUACAGAAAGGAAUCCCUACAAUGCUGAAAUAUGUAGCAAGGGUUUCAAUUAUCCAUGAAGACUUUCCAAACAUAAAAAACUUACUACAGAAGAAAAAGCACAGUGUGAAGUAUGUGGAAAAGUCUUUCUAUCAUCAUUACUUAUGAUACAUGAGAGAAUUCAUACUGGAGAAAAACCCUACAAAUGUGAAAUAUGUGGAAAGAACUUCCAUUAUCCAUCAAAACUUUCCAAACAUAAGAAAAUUCAUACAGGAGAGAAACCUUACAAGUGUGAAGUAUGUAGCAAGGCCUUCCAUUAUCCAUCAUUACUUUCUAAACACAAGAUCAUUCAACAGGAGAGACUCUACAAUGAUGAAGUCUGUGGCAAGGCCUUCCAUUCUCCAUCAAAACUUUCCAAACAUAACAUUUAUCUAAGCAGAAAACUGUACAAAUGCAAAGCGUGUGGCAGGGCCUUCCACUCUCUAUCUUUACUUUCUAAACACAAGGUCAUUCAUACAGGAGAGAACACUUAA